AUGAAGCAGCGGUACUCAUCUCUAGACGUCAAGGUCAUCGCGCAUGAGCUCUCGAGUAGCCUUUGCUCGUUGCGCGUCGCCAACAUCUACGACCUGUCCACUCGCAUCUUUCUCUUCAAGUUCCAAAAGCCAAACCACAAGGAACAGCUCCUCGUCGACUCGGGCUUCCGAUGCCACCUUACGAGCUUCGCCCGCGCAACUGCCACCGCGCCCUCGCCCUUCGUCGUGAGACUGCGCAAGUUCCUCAAGACUAGGCGCGUUACCUCCAUCAAGCAAAUCGGCACCGACCGUAUAAUCGAGUUCCAGUUCUCCGACGGCCUGUACCGCCUCUACCUCGAGUUCUACGCCGGCGGCAAUGUCAUUCUCACCGACGGCGAGCUCAACAUUCUGUCGCUUCUGCGCUCGGUCGAUGAGGGCGCCGAACAUGAGAGGGUGAAAAUGGGCAGCAAGUACAACCUGACGGAGAGGCAGAACUAUGGCGGGGUCCCAGAGUUGACCAAGGAGCGUGUGCGGGAGGGCUUGCAAAAGGUGAUUGAAAAACAGCAAGAAGUGCCGGACAAGAAGGCAAAGAAGAAGGCCAAGGAUGCACUGCGGAGGGCUUUGGCCGUGUCCAUCACAGAAUUGCCACCGAUGCUGGUUGACCAUGCCUUCCACGCCUCCGGCUUCGACACGUCCGUCAAGCCGGAACAGGUUCUCGAAGACGAGUCGUUGUUGGACGGCGUCAUGGCGGCGCUUGCUGAGGCCAAAAGAGUUGACGCCGAAAUUACAAGCGCAGACGUCGCAAAGGGAUACAUCGUCGCCAAGAAGCUCGGUCAACCUGCAGCCAAGGAGUCAACGGAAGACGGCCUGGAAGAAAAUGCGCCCGCAGAAAAGCUUCUCUACGAGGAUUUCCAUCCUUUCAAGCCAAAGCAGUUCGAGGCUGACGAAUCUCUAACUUUUCUCGAGUUCGAGGGCUUCAACAAAACGGUCGAUGAGUUCUUCUCUUCGAUCGAAGGCCAGAAGUUGGAGUCUCGUGUGCAGGAACGGGAGGAGAAUGCCAAGCGAAAGAUUGAACAGGCCAAACAGGAGCAUUUGAAGCGUCUUGGAGGCUUGCAGAAAACCCAGGAGCUCAACAUUCGCAAAGCGGAAGCGAUUCAAGCAAACGUCGACCGAGUCCAGGAGGGGACUCUGGCAGUCAACGGACUCAUCGAAAAGGGUAUGGACUGGGUUGAGAUCGAACGUCUCAUCGAACGUGAACGUAAACACGGCAACCCCGUUGCUGAGAUGAUCAAAUCGCUCAACCUUCGCGAGAAUACCGUCACUUUGCUUCUUGCUGAGCCAGGGUUUGAGGACGAUGACGAAGAUUUCGAGGGUAGCGAGACCGAGACCGAGUCUUCAGACGAAGAGGAGGAUCAGAAACACCACAAGAAACCUGCUCCAAAGCCGGAGGAAAAACGACUUUCUAUCGACAUCGACUUGAGUCUUACACCUUGGGCUAACGCAAAAACGUACUUCGAUCAGAAGAAGUCGGCAGCAGCGAAGGAGGAAAGAACUUUAGAAGCAUCACAGAAGGCUCUAAAGAGCACACAGAAGAAGAUCGAGGCCGACUUGAAGAAGGGCUUGAAGCAAGAGAAGGAACUGCUUCGGCCAGUGAGGAAGCAAUUCUGGUUCGAGAAGUUCAUGUACUUCAUCUCCUCCGAUGGCUAUCUCGUUCUCGGAGGCAAGGAUGCCCAGCAGAACGAAAUACUGUACAGACGUUAUUUGAAGAAGGGAGACAUCUACGUUCAUGCUGAUCUUAACGGAGCGGCAAGCGUCAUUAUUAAGAAUAAUCCCGCAACUCCCGAUGACCCGAUUCCCCCAUCAACUUUGUCGCAAGCCGGGAAUCUGUGUGUCUCGACCUCUUCGGCCUGGGACUCGAAGGCAGUGAUGUCAGCUUGGUGGGUGAACGCCGAUCAAGUCUCGAAGACGACUUCAACUGGUGACUACCUUCAACCCGGCAGCUUCAUCAUCAGUGGCAAGAAAAACUUUCUCCCACCUGCUCAACUACUUCUUGGCUUCGCAGUCAUCUUCCAGAUUACCGAGGAAAGCAAGAAGAACCACAACAAGCAUCGGUUGACUGAAGGAAAUGUUCCACCUAAACCCGCCGCGCCACAACCUAAACUGGAAGAAGAGGAGUCUAAGCAAGCGGUGGAAGAGGAUGAGGAUAGCGACAGUGACGAGGAUUUUCCGGACGCAAAGCUCGGCUCCGCCUCAGAUGAGAGCGAUGACGAGCCGCAAGUGCACAGCAAUCCGUUGCAAUCAGGUGGUGCAGCUGCAACAGAUGGAGGAAGCGACUCUGAGUCGGAAGGGGAGGAAGCUAAGCAAGAGCAGUCACCAAGCGCAGCGCAGGAUGAAGAAUCCAAGAACGGGGGAGAAGCAGCCCAGCUGAGCGAGACUGAAACCCAAGAUGGACCAGAGAACAAGCAGGGAAAGCAGGAGAAAGCAGGCGGGAAGCGUCACCUCUCCGCACGUGAACGCCGACUGCUCCGCAAGGGCAUCAACCCUUCGGAGCUCACCACGCCUGCUGCUGGCUCUACCAACGACAGCGACGACGAAGGCGACGCUGUCUCGAUAGCCCCCACCGAAACCACCACGCAGACCUCCGGGCAAAAGCAGAAGCAAGCCCCUCUGCCCCGUGGAAAGCGCGCCAAGGCAAAGAAGAUGGCGCAAAAGUACGCCGAGCAAGACGAGGAAGAGCGCGAGCUCGCCCUCCGGCUCCUCGGCGCCAAGGCCACGGGCACCACGGAUCAGCCCGGCGAGGCGGAGAAGCAGCAGCCUAAGGCCAGCAAGGAAGAAGAGCUGCAGGCGCAGAAGCAGCGGCGGCGGGAGCAGCACCAGCGCGCGCAGGAAAAGGGCCGGGCGGACGAGGAGCGGCGGCGGGCGGCGCUCGAGGGCGCGCUGGGCGAGGAGCACCACGACGACCCGGCCGUCGACGACGAGGCCAAGCAGCUGUUGGAGCACGUCGGCAUCGACGCCUUCACGGGCCGCCCGCUCGCCGGCGACGAGCUCGUCGCCGCCAUCCCCGUGUGCGCGCCGUGGUCGGCCCUCGCGGCGUACAAGUACAAGGUCAAGCUGCAGCCCGGCGCGCAGAAAAAGGGCAAGGCCGUCAAGGAGAUCUUGGGCAGGUGGGACGCCGCGUUCAAGGAGCCGCGGGCGUUCGACAAGGAGAGCAGGGAUGUCGAGCGCAUCUGGCCGAAGGAGGCGGAGCUCGUGAAGGCGUGGAAGGAGACGGAGGUUUACGGCGUGGUGCCGGUGGGGAAGGUGAGGGUGAUGCUGAGCGGCGGGGGAGGUGGUGGCGGCGGCGGUGGUGGGGAUAAGGGGAAGGGGAAGAAGAGCGCGAGGGGUGGGAGGGGAUCGAAGAGGAAGUAA